CAUCGGAAUCAAUUGUUUAAGUCCACUUUGUCUUUAAAUAGCCACAGAUUCAACCUCAAAAUCUAAAUCAUUAUUAAGCAUUUCAUAACACAUUUAUCAUAUAUAUUACUACUACUCAGGAUCAAAGACUUUUAAACCUAAGUAAACAAAAAAUAUAUUUAUUUAUAUUUGUAGUUUGGAUAUGGCAAAGACUCGUCGUGUAGUUUACCUUUUCCUCAGUAUUCUCCUUAUCUGCGAAAUCAUCGACGAGGCGCAGAGUAGUCGUUUAAGGUGUCAUCAUCGAGAAGAUUAUUCAUGUAAGAAACGUUCAAGCCAUCACCAUCAUCAUCAUCAUCAUCACAAGGGCACUCUCAGUGAACCAAAUCUUCGAGGAAGCAAUAGCAUCAAGGCGAGGAGGAGCAAGGAUAUAUAUGGCCUCGAUGCUUUCCGGCCUACCGCACCAGGUCAUAGCCCCGGUGUUGGCCACUCUAUCAAGACCUGAGAAAUUUGAAUAUUAUUAAUCUUGAUUAAUUUCUCCCACUCUUUUUUUCCUUUGCCUACAUUGGUCCAUUGACCAAAGGUUUUUCACCUUGGAGACCUAAUGCGGUUUAUGAGUCAUGCUGUUUUCUCCUAUUGUAAAUACUAGAUUGUGGUUUAGUCUCUUAAUAAUAGUUUUGGCUUCGUAAUUUAUAUUUUCAUUGUUAUCUUGCGGUUCUAAAAUUUACAAGAUGUUAUUUAAGAGAA